AUGGACUUCGAGGUGGUGAUGAUCGAGGUUCAAAAUUCGCAUGAAGAGGUGAGUUAAAAUAUCAAAAUAACUUAUAAAAGUAAGCCGUGCCUUUUCAAUAACCUCACCUAUAAUUUAACUUGAAUCUAGGUUGAAGGAAAUAAGCAAUUCCCUUGCGACUUUUGUGAGAAAAUUUGCAAGUCAAAGGGUGGUCUAACAAAACAUCAAUAUCCUUCUGAAACUUUAUAUUAUAAAUUAAAAGAAAGAAGAGCAAAGAACACUGUCUAA